CUCUUGACUUUGCACCUCCGCUGUUUCGCCGCUAUGCCUGCCAUCGCUACCCUCGUCAACCCCGCCGUCCCCGACGAAAAGAGCAUCCAGCUCUUCUACAACACCAAGGCCGGCCAGCUCGGCCUCUCGCUUCGCACCGGCGACAAGUCCAAGGGCGAGCAGGUCACCUUCGCCGCCGACAAUGACGACCACCAGGGCAACAUCCUCAACCCGUCGGAGCUCGCGGCGGCCACGUACCGCGGCGUCAACCUCGUCGUGGGCGUGACGCGGCCGCGGCUCGACGCCAACUCGGAGCAGACGGUCAACAACGUCUCCAUCGUCAGCCCCGUCUACCAGCAGCUCAACACGACGGCCAUGGCGAACCUCAAGGUCGACCUGGCCAGCUCGGGCGACUCGGCCUGGGUCUACUACCUCAACGGCACCAACGCGCAGGAGACGACGCUCAAGGAGUACGACCUCGAGACGGGGUCGACCAGCACGUACCUGCAGAGCCAGGCCGUCCUGCCCAACUCGUCGCUGGGGAGUUACUACGACGCCCAGGCCGACGGCGGCGCGGGAAAGCGCUACGUCGUGUACCAGGAGGGCAUCGAGGGGCACCUGAUGGAGUUUUCGGUCAACGACAAGCAGGGCUGGAACAUUGCCAACACCAACGACGCCAAGGACUCGACCACUAUUGGCCUGUCCUUUUUCGAGAACAAGGUGUACCUGUACUACACCGAUUCCAAGGACAACCUGCGGCGCAUCGUCAAGGUGGACGGCAAGUGGCAGAAGCCUGAUUAUCUUGAGGGCAGCCCCAAGGCCAACGCGACGACUCAGAUUUCCGUGAGCACGGCCAACCGGCUGAACCACGUGUUUUAUGUGUCGAGGGAGGACAAGCCGGGGUCGUUUACGCACCUGAAGGACAAGGUUUUGUAG